CACAAGUGUAUUAAAGUAAAUGCAUAAAUUAUUAUCAAUAUCUCAAAGAGAUAUUAAUUAAAUAUUUAAAAUGUGGUUAUUAGAAACUGCUAAAGGAAAACUCAUCUAUUUAAAACCAAACAUUCCAUUAACAAUAGGAAGAACGAAAGGUGAUAUUGUUCUAUCACACGAUGCUUCGAUAAGUAAAUUUCAUGCUUCUUUUGUAGUUAAGACUGAAAUUCAAAUUGUGAAUGAUAAAGCUACAACUUUAUGCAUACUUAAAGAUGAAGGAUCUAAAUAUGGAACAUAUAUUUUAAAAGAUGAUGAAUAUGAAAAGAUUUCAACAAAUGUUCAUUUAAAGGAUCAAGAUUCAAUUAGAAUUGGCCUACAAUAUGAAAUAUUUACUGUUAAAUAUAUUCCUAUGAUUACUUUAACGUCUGGAUUAGAAGAAACGGGAAAGAAAAAACUUGAAAAAAUAAUGAAACAAAUAGAUGGUAUUAUUUUAAAUAAUUGGCAACAGCAUUGUACACAUUUAACGGCACUAUGUCCAAAAUUAACGGAAAAGGUAGCUAUAGCAUUAGCAGCUGGUAUAGUUAUAGUUACCAUUGAUUACUGGGAAGCAGUGAAAUUUGCUAUGGAAAAUGAUGAGCACCCAAUUCCUAAACCUGAUAAUUAUAUACCACGCAUAAAGGAGGAAUAUAUUCCCAGGGGAAUAGUUUCUCUUUAUCCAAAUGAUAAACGGAAGAAAUUGUUUAAUAGAAAAUCAUUUUACUUUUAUGAUUUAAAUCAAUACGAGAUGUAUAAAUUAAUGAUAAAAUUAGCAGAUGGAAAGGCAUUUUUCAUAGAUUUGGAAAUUAACCAGGAUUUGGAGUUCGGAGAACAUGCCUUUCAUGUACAAAUUAAUAAAGACAGUGAAGACGCUAUAUUAUCGAGAAAUUUUAAGCGACACCACGAUAAUAUAUUCUGGAUGUUGAAACGUAAAAAGCAAAGAUUUAUACAUGAUUCUGAAAUACCACUCGCUAUUUUAUAUUGUUCUAUCGAAAAGUACUGUAAUCCAAAAUAUCAGUUUUCAAAUAUUUUUAAAAAAGAAAAAAAACUUGAUUUUUUUUUACCUGAAACACUUGUAAUGGAUACACAAGAUUUAGAAAUGAUGUCUGCACCAACACAAAGAUCUUUCUAUACAAAGCAAAAAGAUGAUAAGAAAUCAUCCAAAUUUGUUGAUAAUAUUGAUAGAUACACCGAAAUAUCUGCAACAGAAAAAUCAGAUGAUGAAAUAUCAGAAAUUCUAUUAUCAGAUGAUGAGGAAGUAUCAAUUAUUACCGUACAACCCACUACUUCAUUAUCUUCAGUUCUACCAAAAUUUACGGAAUCAGAAGAAAGUAGUUCAAGUGAUUUAUUCAUUGAUCACGUUGAAGUUGGUGAAAUUGCAUCAAGUGAAGAGGAAGAUACAUCUACAGCAAAAGAAUCUCAAUCAUUUGUCGGGCAAAAAGAAACUAAAAUUACAGAAAACUUAUCUACAAUUAAAAUAUCAAGUAAUAAAUGCUUACAAAACGAGAAUACCACAGAGAGUGAUAUUACGUCAAAUAUAUUUAUACGUAAACGUCCAGUUGGAAAAACAUUCCAAAAGGCACAUGUUAAAAUACCUGAAAAGAGAUUAAGAUUUUAGCCACAUAUUAAGUUAUUAAAAAGAUUACAAAAGAUUCUAUUAAUGUUUAAAUAAACAAUAAUUUUGUUAUAAGCAUUUUGA